AUGAACGGGUCCAACCAAGAAUACACACUCUCUGUUACCCACUUCAUCCUCAUGGGCUUUCCCUCCAGCCCAGAAAUGCAGCUCCUCUACUUUGGGCUCUUCUCCAUGACCUACACUCUGACCCUGAUGGGGAACGCAGCCAUUGCCUGUGCUGUGAGGGGAGACCGGCGCCUUCACACCCCCAUGUACAUCCUCCUGGGCAAUUUCUCUCUCCUGGAAAUAUGUUAUGUCACCUCCACAGUCCCCAACAUGUUGGCCAACUUUCUCUCCACAAGCAAGUCCAUCUCUUUUGUGAGCUGUUUUGCACAAUUUUACUUCUUCUUUUCCUUUGGGUGUGAUGAGGGCUUCUUCCUUUGCAUCAUGGCCUUUGACAGGUACCUUGCCAUCUGUCGUCCUCUGCAUUACCCACGCAUCAUGACCAGACAGCUGUGCACUGGCCUCAUCAUCUUUGGAUGGUCAUGUGGGUUCAUCCUCUUUAUUACCCCAGUUGUUCUCAUUUCACAAUUACCCUAUUGUGGUCCAAAUAUCAUCAACCAUUUUAUGUGUGAUCCUGUCCCACUGAUGAUGCUGUCCUGUUCUGAAGACUCCACCACCCAGUUCAUUUACUCUGCCUUCAAUGCUUUCUUCAUGAUUGGCACUUUUCUCUUCAUUCUUUGUUCUUAUGCUCUGGUGAUUCUAGCUGUGGUCAGGAUGCCCUCAGCAGCGAGCAAACGCAAGGCUUUCUCUACUUGUGCUUCUCAUCUAGCUGUGGUGGUCCUGUUUUUUGGCUCUAUUAUGGUAAUGUAUGUUAGCCCUGGAUCCAGACACCCAGUAGAAGUGCAGAAAAUCAUUACCUUAUUUUAUUCUGUGAUAACACCCCUCUGUAAUCCUCUAAUUUAUAGCCUGAGGAACAAAGAAAUGAAAGCUGCCCUCAGAAAAGUCUUUGGGACUGAAAUACUGCUCAUAAAACAUAAACCAAACAUCAUAGCUAACUGA